AUUAAUCACCCAGCAUUCCGUUGCUCACUCUUGACCAGUGCACAUCGUGCUCAAAGAGUAUCCGGCGGGAGUGCACUUCAGUGAGAUUGUUUUGCGAGUGUUUUGCCCCACGAAUAGUGUUGUUAUCAGCAUGAAAUAGUCACAGAAGACGAUAGAGUGUGUGAUUUUACGCCAAAAUCGGCGAAUUUCUGUGGAAAUCCGGAGUGUGAGAGUGAGAACAGCGUCUUACAACCGCAAUGAUAACUGAUAACACAUCGGGCUGAAGCAAAUAUUGAUAAUAUACUCAAUAAAUACACAAUCUAGAAUCGAUAUGAGAAUCACGCUGUAAAGGAAACAGUGCCGAACAAAGAGUCCCUCAAGCGAAUUUCACAAUGAAUGAAACCAGCCCGGAAUCUGCAGAUCCUCUCGAGGGAGAAUUCACGCGAUUCUCGAGGACACUCUUGACUCUCGGAGCGGUCUUCACCAUUAUCAUCCUCGUUGUGGGGGUGUUUGGCAAUCUUUUGACCAUCAUCUCGCUCAUACGAUGCCCGAAAGUGAGAAACAUUGCAGCUUCAUUCAUUAUCAGCUUAUGCCUGGCUGACUUUAUCUUCUGCAUCUUUGUCUUGCCAUUCAACGCCAUCCGCUUCAUCCACGGCUAUUGGCGCCUUGGGAGCCUCCUGUGCAAGCUGGUGCCCUUUGUGCAGUACGGAAGCGUCGGCGUGUCACUGCUCUGCAUCGCCAUGAUCACAGUGAAUCGCUACGUGAUGAUAGUGCAUCACAGCGCGUACGCGCGAGUCUACCAAAGACACUGGAUCGUGGCGAUGAUCCUCUUCUGCUGGUUCUUCUCCUACGGCAUGCAAGUGCCCACGCUGCUGGGCGUCUGGGGCGCCUUCGGUUACGACCCGAACCUGGGAACGUGCUCAAUUCUCAAAGACGAGUACGGCCGCAGCAGCAAGACGCCGCUCUUUGUUAUUGCCUUCAUCAUCCCCUGUCUCCUCAUUGUGCUGUGCUACACGAGGAUCUUCUGGGUGGUGCACAAGUCGGAGAUGCGCAUGAAGCAGCACGCCUCGGUGGCCAACGCCGUGCCCAACAACCUUAGACCCACCAUAGUCAGCAGGCCAGCGUCUUGCAGCCAACUGACGGACUCCGCAUCGCCCGCAAGACCGCCAUCCACGGCACCGCAGCCGGUGCGCAUCAAGAACCAGCGCGACAUUAAGGCGCGGCGAAAUGAGUGGAAGAUAACGAAGAUGGUGCUGGCGAUCUUCAUCUCCUUCAUUGCGUGCUACUUGCCAAUCACCGUGAUCAAGAUCGCCGAUAAGGACGUGACACACCCGGCGGCGCACGUGUUCGGCUAUGUGAUGCUGUACCUAUCCGCGUGCAUCAACCCCAUCAUCUAUGUGAUAAUGAACAAGCAGUACCGCCAGGCUUACAAGACGGUGCUGCUGUGCCGCUCCACGGCCAUCCUCACACCAAAGACGCCCGGCACGAGUGGGCAGAGUGAGAAAUGGAAGGACGCCGUAUUCAGCUACAAUCUCAAUCGUACCCAGGUCUUGGAAGUGUCCACGGCCGAAUAGCAGCGGGCAUUCCACUUACGGCAGCCGGCUCCACGGUGCUACAGUGGAAGUAUAGCAAGUGAAUCCGCAAUCCAAUUGUGUGAAACCCACCACUUUGGGCAUAAGUCACUGAUAUUAGCAGCUAGGAAUGAGGAGAGUGCAUUGUGAAUUUAAAUGCGCAUGUGAAGCGCUAUGUCCAGUAGGGACAAUGUUUGGGUCACGCUGUUCCCAUUGGCGACCCCAAGUAGCAAGUAAUCAAAUAUAAUGUGCUAUGUGUGUUAGAA